GGAGCCAUGGGCAAGUGCAGCGGGCGCUGCACGCUUGUCGCCUUCUGCUGCCUGCAGCUGGUGGCUGCCCUGGAGCGGCAGAUCUUUGAUUUCCUGGGCUACCAGUGGGCCCCCAUCCUAGCCAACUUCCUGCACAUCAUGGCAGUCAUCCUGGGCAUCUUUGGCACAGUGCAGUACCGCUCCCGGUACCUCAUUCUGUAUGCGGCCUGGCUGGUGCUCUGGGUUGGCUGGAAUGCAUUUAUCAUCUGCUUCUACCUGGAGGUUGGACAGCUGUCCCAGGACCGGGACUUCAUCAUGACCUUCAACACAUCCCUGCACCGUUCCUGGUGGAUGGAGAAUGGUCCAGGCUGCCUAGUGACACCUGUCCUGAACUCCCGCCUGGCCCUGGAGGACCACCAUGUCAUCUCUGUCACCGGCUGCCUGCUUGAUUAUCCCUACAUCGAGGCACUCAGCAGCGCCCUGCAGAUCUUCCUGGCACUGUUCGGCUUUGUGUUCGCCUGCUACGUGAGCAAAGUGUUCCUGGAGGAGGAGGACAGCUUUGACUUCAUCGGUGGCUUUGACUCCUACGGUUACCAGGCGCCCCAGAAGACGUCGCAUUUACAACUGCAGCCUCUGUACACGUGGGUCACGGCGCGGAGCAGAGUCGGGGUAGCUUCUGCCCCGCGCCCUCCCCGGCGCCGCGCCCUUGGCGGCUGA